CCCAAAAAUUUUACUGGGAUAUAAAAGUAUACAAGUUCGAAAAUCAAUUCUGUUUUUAAUUUGAAGUUAAUCAGUCAGAUGAGGCUGAGCUGAUAAUGCCAUGUGUCUUUCGCUUUUUUCAAAAGGUGGGAAUUCAAGGAAACAGUGUGAUUUGUGCUCUUUCAGUUUCAGCCGUUGGACUUGGAAUCGGAUGCUCCAUUUUUGUCGCAAGCAGAGGAAUUGAAACUCGUUGCUUCAAAGCAAAACAACUUUUCAAUUUCACCAUUUAUUCCCCAGUUGCAUCACUCGUUGUGCUUUAAGCUAUCUCAUCGGAGCUGUCUCUGUCCAUUUCUAGAUCAGAUAUCACUAUAAUGGAGGUCAUUUUUGACCAAAAGGACGCUGCCGAUUGGGUUUAUAGAGGAGAAGGAGCCGUAAAUCUUGUUCUCGCUUACACCGGAUCUUCUCCGGCUUUUAUCGGGAAAGUGAUGCGAAUACAAAAAGUGCCAAGGAACAGAACAGCCAAACAGCCGGUGAAGGAGUGUGUGAAUGGUAGUUCGGUCUUAGAAAGGCAUGAUCAACUUGUGUGGAGAGACUAUGAAGAACUAGUAUUGGCAUCUAACAAAGAAACAUUGGAGCAACUUUAUAUUCAGCAUGUUAUGAGCCCAUUGUUAGGUCCCAAACACGUUGAUGCUGGAAUGCGUGUCCUUGUAACCAGGGCAUUUCUUGAGUAUGUUCAAAAGGAUGCUUUGUGCCAGCGUCCUGCCUUGCGAGUUGAUGCUGCUGAGGUUGAUGCACAUUGUGAUUCUGUGCUUCUUUUGUCUGAUCAUACUCUUUUUCCUCAAGGUAUUCUCAAUGGGGAACCCUGCAUUGCUGUUGAAAUUAAGCCCAAAUGUGGAUUUCUCCCGGUUUCAUCCUUCAUAGCUGAAGAAAAUGCCAUUAAAAGGAGAAUGACUCGUUAUAGAAUACAUCAAGCCCUAAAGUUGCAUCAAAAGGAGAUAUCAGAGCUAAGUGACUAUGAUCCACUGGACCUGUUCUCUGGGUCCAAGGAAAGAAUGAGUAAAGCUAUCAAAGCUCUCUAUACCACUCCUCAGAACAAUUUGCGGGUAUUCUUGAAUGGCUCUCUUAUACUUGGGGGCUUGGGUGGUACCACUGGCAGUACUAAUUUUGCAAUUGAAGAAGCAUUUGAAGAUGCUCUCAAGUGUGUUAUUCAAGCAGAUGAUGGUCAGCGCACAAAUAGUUUUAUACAGCUUGUUUCUGAGGCAGCUUAUCAUUCUGGAAUACUGGACCGACUUCUUGAAGCUCAGAAGCUCGAUUAUUGUGACAUUGAAGGGGCAAUUCAUGCAUAUUACAACAUUAUUUCUCAGCCUUGCAAGGCAUGCAAAAACUUAGAUGAACAGAAAGUAUCACACCAGUAUACCUCUUGGCAUUCCAUUCCUUUGGAUGAAAGUUUGAAGAUUGUGAGGGACUAUUUGAUAGCUGCAACUGCAAAGGACUGUAGUUUGAUAAUUUGUUUUAGACCAAAGGGUGAUGAGGUUUCAGGAUCUUCCUAUAAUAGUGUUUACUUAGAAUCAACCAACCAAGUUUUUGAAUACAAGGUGUAUUUCAUUGACCUGGAUUUGAAACCUUUGGAGAAAAUGGAGGAGCAUUAUGAAAAAGACAAGAAAAUAGUGAACUGUUACAUUCAGAAGCUAUGUGGUGAGCAUGGAGUCAACAGAGAUGUCACCAUGAACAAUUACUAAAACACACAUUAAAAAUACAAUCCUGAGCCUUGGAGGAUACUUUUUGCUGAACAUAGUGCUGUUAUUCAUUCUUGUUUCUUUUAGCUGGGGGCUUAAUGAAGGAGAGGGGUUGAAAAUGACAGAACAGAGUAAAAGGGGCCUGUAAGGAAAUCACUAUGCCAACUAAUUCAAUGCCAUUUCAUCCCAAUUCCACAUGGGCCUAUUAAUUCAUACAGCUGGAUCUCUGAAUUAACUAUGGGGUGUAGAAACUGAUUAGGACUGCGUUACUUUACCUUUUGAUGGUGGAAAUUGAGGUCAUGGCAGUGCUCCUUUGAUAAUACUUGUUUUUUUAAAGAUUGGAAGCUGUUAAAGGAAGCUGUUAAAGGACUGCUCUGUAUGUUUUGCAGUCUUUCUUUUCACUUAUCAGAAAAAAAAGUUCUUUUUCAUUGUUUUUGAAGUGUCAAAUGAUUGGCCUGUGAGAAAAAAAUUGUUCCCAACAUUAUUUCAAGUUUUUAGUCAAGAGACCUCCAAAAGGAUGCACAAGAAGAAUUGCUUGUUCAAACUACAUCUACAUUCGUAGUAGAGUUACAGGAUAUCGUAAACUGUUUCUUUUGUGGGAAUUCUCUCUUUCUGAUCUCUUUUGACUUGUGCGGGGUGGAAUCAUGGUCCUUGGUCAUCUCAGCUAUAACCAUGGACAAGCAUUCACUUCAAAGCUGUGGCCACUUGGUGAAAAAUCUGAAAUUUCUUUCUUGGGCCCACUAUAGGGGCCAAAUAAUCCUGACAGAGAAGUUCUGUAAAUUUUUGAAUUACAUGCAAUUAAAAGCAUUUGCUUUAAGGUUUUAUUUACACAGUUGUGCAAAUGUUUGGGCUGGUAAGAGUGGUGAAGUGCCAUGGGAAAUUGCUUGGGUCAUGGACAAUCGGUGCUCUGUGUUCUUUAGUUUUACAUGACCCUCAAUUGUUUGUAUUUACGGUUUGCCACUAGCAUGUCAAUAUGAAUAUAAAAGGAACACUUAUGUGUUAAGAUGGUUCUAAUAUUUUAACUAAUGUAGUAAUAUUGCAAUACUUGUAAGUAUCUCUUGUAUCCUAAGCAAUGUGACUUCAAUUUGAUAUCACACUUAAUGAUGAGAUGAUUUAUAAGUGAUUUAAUUAUAUUAAAUUAACUGCCACAUCACUUUUGGAUACAAAGAUGGGAUACUUGGUAAUUUUAGCAUUACUCUUUUCUUAUACAUGCUGAUGAUAGUGACACUUAAGAAUUUGGAUUAAUGUUCUCUGUUUCCUUAAUAUGUUGUAAUCCAUCUUAUUUACUUUUAUCAAAAUUACCUAUCUUGUAUUGUUGGAAAUUGUCUCCACGGUAUGCUUUACUUUGCCUUUUAAAUUAUAUUCUAAAUGCAGCAACAUUGUUUUACUUUAUAAAUGCAACUUCUGGUUUACACAAAUUGAAUAUUUUGAGUAAUAGUCAAGAGUUUUUUCUUU